CAUUUUGUCCUUUAGUGACAGUAACCACCUAGAUGUAAUUGAAAUGCAUCGGUGAUUCGCCACCGUAAUGUAAAACAACAAAAAAAGAAUAUUUACGAGUGCAUGCAAUUGUACUGACAUCGGCACCACCAGCAGGGUGCGACCAUUUUCGAUCAUGCGAAUGACCUGGCCGGAAAACAACGAAGCGGAGUGGAACGGAGGCAGGUGAGGAAAAAUGGCAGCCGCGAUAGCGGCUGAGUUUCAGAGAGCACAGUCUCUUUUUGGAACAGACCGGAAUGCUUCUAUCGACAUCUUGCAUUCAAUAGUGAAGCGGGACAUCCAGGAAAGCGAUGAGGAAGCGGUGCGUGUUAAAGAGCAGAGCAUCCUGGAGCUGGGUGGCCUGCUGGCCAAGACGGGACAGGCUGCAGAGCUUGGUGGUCUGCUGAAAUAUGUGCGCCCCUUUCUCAACUCCAUUUCCAAGGCCAAGGCAGCUCGGCUGGUCCGCUCCCUGCUAGACAUGUUCCUGGACAUGGAGGCCGCCACAGGUCAGGAGGUAGAGCUCUGCCUGGAGUGCAUAGAUUGGGCCAAGGCUGAGAAGAGGACCUUCCUCAGGCAGGCACUAGAGGCUCGUCUCAUCUCGCUGUAUUUCGACACUAAGUGUUACCAGGAGGCAAUACAUCUAGGCUCCCAGUUGCUGCAGGAGCUAAAGAAGAUGGACGACAAGGCCCUGCUGGUGGAGGUUCAGCUGCUAGAGAGUAAGACGUACCACGCGCUCAGUAACCUGCCCAAGGCCCAUGCUGCCCUUACCUCUGCCAGGACAACCGCGAACGCCAUCUACUGCCCACCCAAACUACAAGCAGCUUUAGACAUGCAGUCAGGGAUCAUUCAUGCAGCAGAGGAGAAAGACUGGAAGACAGCAUACUCCUACUUCUAUGAAGCCUUUGAGGGCUACGAUUCUAUUGACAGCCCCCGAGCCAUCACAGCCCUGAAAUACAUGCUGCUCUGUAAAAUCAUGCUCAGCGCGCCGGAGGAUGUCCAGGCUCUCAUCAGUGGCAAGCUAGCUCUCCGGUAUGCUGGCAGACAGACAGACUCACUGAAAUGUGUGGCACAAGCCAGCAAGAACCGGUCACUCGCAGACUUUGAACAGGCACUAACAGAGUACAAAGCCGAGCUGAGGGAUGACCCCAUCAUUAGCACCCACCUGACUAAGCUGUAUGACAACCUGCUAGAGCAGAACCUCAUCAGGGUCAUCGAACCUUUCUCCAGGGUCCAGAUAGCACACAUUUCCUCCCUCAUCAAACUCCCUAAGGGUGAUGUGGAGAGGAAAUUAUCACAGAUGAUUCUGGAUCAGAAGUUUCACGGUAUUUUGGACCAAGGUGAAGGUGUGCUGAUUGUCUUUGACGAGCCAGUGGUGGAUAAGACGUACGAGGCGGCUCUGGAGACCAUUCAUAACAUGAGCAAAGUGGUCGACUCGUUGUACAACAAAGCCAAGAAGCUAACAUAAGAGAGAGUGAACGCAUCUGUCCUCCUGUCCAGAGUGAUGUGGGCCAGUCAGACCGCUGUGGAUCACUUACUUCAGCCCAGGAGGGAUGAGGGGAAGAGGAUGAGGAGACUACAGACACUCAGCAACCCAACAAACAAAUAUACCAGCUGACAACCCACAGACCAACAAACUGACUGUGGAGAUGCCGCUGCUCUUGGUCCUCCUUUAGUCCUCUGCUCUCCCUUCCUCCUCUCACUGUCUCUUCCUUCCAGUCUGAUCUGGGGUUGAUCUGACACAAAAGUGCUUCUCCCUAUGGACAAAUCCAGGCACUGUGCGCCCCUCUUCUCCCACCACUGGUUUCUGUUGUACGUAACAUUGGACGAGCCUUCCUUCCACCUUUUUUUCCCCUUCUGUUUCUCUCUGCACUGGCCAUCAGGGAAUCCUGUAAAAUAACAAUAAAGAAUACAUAUACUACUUAUACAUACAUAUAUUUUAAAAAAAAAAAAAACAGACAAAAACAUGCUUGUUCUGCUCUCAGAGUGUAACCUGGGCUGGUUGGCACGUCCCUCACCGGAUUCUACCUGUUCUUUUUGCCAACCGGACCUGAAACUGAAUGUCUGUCUGAAUGUUCUGAUUUUCUGCGAUUGUAAAGAAUGGACCCCACAGUUAACUAGGCCACCUGGAGACCACCAGAACAACCCCCACCCCCCAUAUUGCCCCCUUCUCCCCUCACGUUUCACCCUGAGUGGUGUCCCUCGGGUACAAGGCAUUCUGGGAUUUGUGGAUCAUACAGGGAAUUUGCUCUUCUGCCUACUUGGGACCAUUUCACAAGGAGAGGAGUACAUUCAGCUCUACCCUUGGGUAUCCUUUACUCCCCUGCUCCGCCCACUCCCUGUUUGUAUAUAGCAUUUUCCAAGCACCUCUGUUCAUCCAAGGCCUGAUGUAUUCACGCUGCCCCCCCUUUUUUUGUUUUUUUAAAUAAAGCUAAGAACAGAGUAAAGCUCACCACUCAGAGCUUGGUCAGUCCGAGUGCUUUUGAUACUCAAGACAUGACUGGAGACGUUCUGAGAUGGUUGGUUGGAAAGAAAAGGGCAGGUUUUGCUGAUGAAAAUCAAGCUGUACAUUUCUGGGAACUUGAUUUUGUAAGGAGUUGAGGGUUUACCAUAUAUGUCAGAAAAAGACAAAUGCUAAUAAAAAAAUUUAAAGCUGCAGUUUGUGUGAUUUAAGGAUCAGAAAACGAAAA